AUGCCCUCACAUGAUGGUACCAGGGCCAAAACCAAAUUGCGCUCCAAAUCGCGCUCGCAAACGCAUGAGUAUGAAACGGAGCCCUUCGUUCAUGGCUCGUUAGAGGAUGAAGAGACGGUCAAGAAUUUGAAAGAUCUGAACAUAUCUAAUAAGCAGAAACUGUCGCCUGUGAUGCAUGGACGUAAGGCUAGUACUUACUUGAGGAUUUUCCAAGAUGACGACGAGCCUGUCAUAAAUAAUGAGAAAGCUGGACGACACAGAGGAAGUAGGCACCACCACAAGCGUUUGUCGGGGACUCUAGACGAAUCCGAUGGCAAUAUACCCAAUAUAUAUAGGAAUAUCGAAGGAAAACAGCGGCGGAACUCAAAAAACUAUGGAGGUCAUAGCCCCAUGGGCAGAAGGAAUUCAGCUUACAAUCAACAGAGAAAACCAACUAAGGAAUCACUACAGAACCUCGCUUUAUCGAACAGGACGUCUCCACAAUCACCACCAAGCAAUAGAAAUAAGAUUGCACUGGACAACGGUAAAGGCACCAGGUAUUCCUACAGGAGAUCUUCUUCCAGUAGUAAAGAGAGACCACAUGAAAUACCUAAGCAUGCAUCAAGAGAUUGGAGUAACUUUAACGUCAAUAUAGCUACAACAAGAGUAGGAAAUAUUCAUAACUAUGCUCAAAUGGACUCUUCCCCUGGAAGUAAAAUGCUGUCUAGUGGUAAUGAUCAAGAUUUACCCUUGACAGAUGACCUGAUGUUAAAGCCUGUGUCUUCUGCGACCUAUUAUCCUCAUAAGUCUAAAGAAAAGAAGAAGUUGUCUGAUGAAUUUACAUCCAACAAACACAAUAGAACUGACAGACAAAGUGAUGAAUUUGGAAAUAAAGGUAACGAGAAGAAUCAAUCCACUAACACAGAAGAGAAAUUGGAGUACGAUAUUUCGCCUAAUUCAGAUAUCAUUGACAUAGUAGCACCAAUAUCGAGCGAUUCUUUUGACAACCAAUUACUAGAAAAUAUUCCAAAGGUAAAACAUAGCCCUGUGGAUAUAGAACAGAAUAAUGUUGUCACAGAUGAAAGUGACAUUGAAGAUGAAGAUAAUGACAGAGAGUAUCCUUUAGCUGUUGAAUUGAAACCUUUUACCAAUAACGUAGGUGGACAUACCGCUAUUUUCAGGUUUUCUAAACGGGCAGUUUGUAAGGCGUUAGUGAACAGGGAGAACAAAUUCUAUGAGAAUAUCGAAAUCAACCACCAAGAAUUGUUGCCCUUCAUGCCAAGAUAUAUCGGUGUUUUAAAUGUUAGACAGCACUUCUACUCACAUGACGAUGAAAUGAUAAACAAUAUAUCAAAAGAGAAUGAGAAAAUUAAUGAUGAUGAUGAACAGAUAAAAACUACACCUAUCAAGCAGAAAAUUCCCUCUAAUGAUUCCGAGCAGAUAGGAUCCGCAUUGACUCAUAUUCAUUCCUUUCCUAUUGAGCGCCAACAAAGGUCUAUUAGCUGUAAGGAUUACAUGUCUUCUCAACAACAAUUGCCAGAAGUGGUGUUGAACGAUAAUAGACACAUAAUACCAGAUUCUCUUUGGGGACGGUACUCACAUUCACCAAAUUCGCUGCCAGACAACUCUCCUAGCUCAUAUCUUUCAUCUCAUUCUUUUGAUGAGAAAAAAUUUGAACGAGCUCUAGAGAACAGAGAUAGGGAAGGCGAACGUGAUGCUGGAUACACUGUUAUUAAUACUGAACUGAAAAAUUCAGUUCUUGAAGAGGUGUUUGCACCAAUCUGUUACAGAAGACAUCAAAAACAAAGAAGUCAAAUCCAAUUCAAAAUUCCUCCUGGACAUAGCCCCAGCAACUCGCUACAAGAGAGCAGAUUCCCACAUGAUAAUAGUAGGCGUGAUUCUGAUACCGUUGUUGGUUCCGUCAGAAAUAGUCAAAUUGACCAACCAUUACUACAGAAAUCUGUGAAGGACUCUAUCUCUAACUGCUUAGAGUCAUCUCACUCAGUAAUGGACUUGAAACAGUUCAAAAGGAAAGAAGAAAUUAAAGAAGGCCUUCAAGGUAAUACAAACGAACAACCAAAUCCAAAUCUCACAUCACAAACUAUGGCUCUAUCCAAUUCAGUUUCUUCUUGUGGGACCAGUAAAAGUAAAAUAGACUGCGAGGAUGACAUGGAUGUCUUUUUAAUGGACGAGGACAAUGAAACUCUAGAUCAUCAUAAUAGAAAACCUCAGCAAAAUCAACUAGCUGAAUAUAGGUCUGCGUCAAGAGAGUCCGUACCAACGGAGGAUCAAGAGCAUACUAUUGUAUCGCAAUUUAUUCUGCUGGAGGAUCUUACCCGUAACCUAUCCAAGCCAUGUGCCUUAGAUUUGAAAAUGGGUACACGCCAGUAUGGUGUGGAUGCUAAAAGAACUAAGCAACAAUCUCAAAGAGCUAAGUGCCAUAAAACCACUUCACGUAAAUUGGGUGUCAGAAUCUGUGGUAUCAAGGUUUGGGAUCAAGAUUACUACAUCAAAAGAGAUAAGUACUUUGGCAGGAGAGUUAGAGCCGGAUGGCAAUUUGCAAGACUUCUGGCGAGAUUCUUAUAUGAUGGUAAGCACAAAGGGAGUGUAAUUAGACAAAUUCCACGAUUGUUGAAACAAUUGGAAACGUUGAAUAAUGAGGUGAAUGAAUUAAAAGGUUAUAGACUUUAUGGUGCCUCCUUAUUACUUAUGUAUGAUGGACGUGCAAAAGAAACUUCAAUCGACAAUACAAGUGAUUUAACCAAAAUGCUCACUAGUGUAGGUAAAGCUAAGGUCAAUCUAAUAGAUUUCGCAAGAUGUGUUACCAAAGAAGAUAUGGUUGCCGGCCUUUCCACUUUCAAAAUCCCCCCUAAGAACCCAAAACUUGAAGAUAAGGGAUUCCUACGUGGUGUGAAGAGUUUGAAAUUCUAUCUGCAGUUAAUAUGGAAUUAUCUAACAAACGAUGCUAAAAUUCCAGAAGAAGAAGAAGAUAUGAUAGAAUGGAUGAACUCCAAUCUAGAUUCUGUCCUAAGCCCAUGGGACUGGCUUGACUCGUUUGCAGACGAAGAGGAGAACGAAUUUAAUGAUCCUACAAGUGAGCUCAGGAAGAAAUGGAGGAAAUAUGAAUUAAUAUUUGAUGCGGAACCUCGCUAUAAUAAUUUAGAUCCUGAGAUAAGUGACUAG